GUCACUGCCACGUAGAAAAUAAACUGCACGCGUGUCGCUGCAGCUUCUCCAAACUUUUCCCAACAUUUCACUUACCUGUUUUGUUCCUCAGUGAGGUGACAGUGUGGCAGCAUGCUGACGGUGCUCGCCUGGCUAUGCUCCUCCAUGCUGCUCUCCGUCAGCGGGGGGAAGCUCCCUGAAGCCGAGGUGGAGAUAGAUGUCCUGCACAGACCCUUCCUCUGUCACCGGAAAACUAAGUACGGAGACAUGCUGCUGGUGCAUCAUGAGCUGUACUUCGAGAAUGGGACCAUGUUGUACACCAGUCGAACUGAUGGUGACCGGCACGCCAUGUGGUUUACUCUGGGCAUCAUGGAAGUGCUUAAAGGCUGGGAUAAAGGCCUGCAGGACAUGUGCUCUGGAGAGAAGAGGAAACUGGUCGUCCCUCCUGCCCUGGCCUACGGGAAGGAAGGGAAAGGUAAGAUCCCUCCUGAAAGCACGCUGACCUUUGUCGUCGAGCUGCUUAACAUCAAAAAUGGACCGAGGUCUCACGAGUCCUUCCAGGAGAUGGACCUCAACGAUGACUGGAGGCUCUCCAUGCAGGAGGUGAGCGUGUAUCUGAGGAAAGAGUUUGAGCGCCACGGCUACCCUCCCAACGACACCCUGCAUGAGAACAUGGUGAAGGACAUCUUCAACAAAGAGGAUGCGAACAAAGACGGCUUUAUAUCCUCCCGAGAGUUUACUUACAAACACGAUGAACUCUAAAUUCUCACUCACUCGCUCAGUGUGAUUUGUGGUUGAUAUACUUUGAUGCAGAGCCUUAUUUCCAGCAUGAAAGUAUUUAUAGGAGCGUUGUGUGUCUGAUCUUUGAGCCAAUGGGUGUGUUUAAUUGAUGUCUUUUUUUAUUUUGUAUGUUUUGUUAAUGUGUUUACAAUAGUCCAUUACACUCCGUGUCACUUGACAUUACUUUUUAAGAAUGUAUUCAAAUGAUAUUCACUUAUCAGUGUCACCAAAUAUCUGAGGGAAAGUAGACAGGAAGUAAAUGCCUUUAACAAUGUAUCCAAAGUAUGUAGAUAACAGUUGCUAAAUUUGGCUGUAAAAUUCAAUUUUGGGGGAGAAAUUGUAUUUAUUUCCUUUUAAAAGAAUAUACAUCAAUUUAAUUUCACCCUUUGUGGGUUCAUAAGUAAAGGGACUGUUUUUAUACCUGUAUAUAAAUACAUUUGGCAAAUAAAUGCGUCUACUUUAUAGAA